GGAUCUUCUUCGUCGUGACGUUGCUGUGUGUUGGGAGAAGGCGGUGAGAAACCGAGCAGCAGAAGUCAGCUGACCGGCGUGCUGGGACCCGUACACAAUAAAAAGAAGACGCCAUUUUUGUACGGGUCGAGGCAGGUGGAGACUGGAUUGUGCGGUCUGCAGGGUUUCCUGCCCAAGCCCUCCAGAAAACAGUAGCGAAUGAUUUGCCCUGCUCCUCCUGCUGCCUUAGGCUGAUGGCGUAAUGGCUAAAAAAUGGAACCCAAGUCGUCAAGAUUGCCCAGACGGAUAACUGUCCAGCCUUGCCCCUCCACGCCCCUAAGUGCUCAAAUGUUAAGAGCAGGCAGAAUAGGAGGCCACAAUGAAACCUAUCGGACGAGAGACAGUUCUCUGAGACGUGAGUCUGACUUUCAGGAUUCUAGCUCAUUGAGGACUUCAAGUCGAGACUGGACUGUUAGAGACAGGGAUAGCCACGAGCAUCCCUGGAAGGCUGCGUCGCCCACUUAUCAGCACUGCUCAGGGACAUAUGACCGCCCUUUAUCUGGGAGCUUCUUGGCAAACAGGAGCAGGGUUUCAACUGCAUCAUCGUCUCAGCCAUCCUGGCAUGAUACAUUGGAGAGGUCUCGGAGCACUUAUACUGGAUUGCAGAGUCAGCAGCAAGACUGGGACUCCAAGAGGCCAAAACUGUCUUAUUCUGGUUGUAACCCUCUACCCAGUGUAAAAAGCACCAGUUCAAGCUACAGUUCAACUCCAGAUUCAUCCAGCCGGUAUGGACGGCUACCUAGGACGACUUCAGUGAUGUUUCAUUCUGAUCUGACAAGGGAGCGUGAGAGAGAAAGAAGAGCUGACUCCCCUAUACAUGGACUUCUAGAUUAUGGACAUAGAAAUAGUGAUACAACACCUUCAUAUCUUCAGCACAGAGUUUCUUCAUAUGCACAGGGCGCACGACCAAAAGAAAACUCUCUAAGCACAGUUCGACUUAACACAUCUACGGACCGCCAGUUGCCUUCUCAGAGUUCCUCACUCAGAGAUUCAAGCAGGAGUUCAAGAUCGGUGACUUCUAGAGAUCUACGUUCUCCACAAACAGACAGCUCGUCUGAUUUUCCCCGUACUACGAAUAGAAAUGAAGGGUCUGCAAGGAUUGCAUCCGGAAGAGUAUCUCCUGUUCUGCAAAGACCUGUUGGUGACCAGACUACAGAUACUGAUGGCAGACGUACAACAAGGCACUUACUGUCACGCCUUGCAUCUAGCAUGUCUUCCACCUUUUUCUCUAGGCGGUCCAGCCAGGAUUCCCUUAAUGGAAGGUCAUCAGAUGCAGAAGAAGCACACUCUAGUUUACGCAAUGCUUCUCCUCAACCAAGUGCUGCCAAUACAGAUACACCAGAAAAUAGGCCUUCUGAACAAUCUCAGGGAUUUGCAUUUCUUAGGCGGCGGCGAUUGGGCUUGUCAACAGUGUCUCCAAAUCAAAGUUCUGACUCUGAUGCAGAAAGCUACAGGUCAGAAGACUCUGAUACAAGGACUGCUGGAUCAUGGCUUCCUUCGUCUCUUAGGAAUAGGUGCACGCCUCUCUUUUCUAGGAGAAGACGGGAAGGAAGAGAUGAAACUGCCAGAGCAUCAUCUACCUCUGACUCCAGUCGCAUACACAAUCCUUUCAGAAGGGCUUCUCAAGAAAGCACCACAUUAGAUGAAGCACAAACUAUUCCUCAGAGAGCUGCUGCAGUGAAUGCUAACUCAUCAACCAUAUCUGCAGAUUCUCCUAGUGGCACUGCAAAUACUUCUAUAGCAGACUCCCUCUUCAAUAGGAGAAAUUCAGGGAUUUCGGGCAUGCUUCCCAGCUCCUUUUUACACUUCUCUGUGCCAGCUGCACUAGGAAACUCCUUAUCGGACAAUGUCAUGAUAACCGUAGAUAUUGUUCCCUCAGGUAGGACAAGUGAUGGACAAGAAAGUGAAAAAUCAGAAGGCUCAAGGGAUCCUGAGAAACUCAAGAGAAUUAAGGAAAGCCUCCUACUAGAGGACUCAGAAGAGGAAGAGGGUGACUUGUGCAGGAUCUGCCAGACUGGAACGUCCACUCCAGCCAAUCCCUUUAUUGAGCCAUGUAAAUGCUCUGGUAGUCUCCAGUAUGUACAUCAGGACUGUAUGAAGAAAUGGCUACAUGCUAAAAUCAAUUCUGGUUCUAGUCUAGAAACUAUAACUACAUGUGAGUUGUGUAAGGAGAAGUUGGAGCUGAACCUGGAGGAUUUUGACAUCCAAGAAUUGUACCGGGCGCAUGCAAAUGAGAGGGCUGAAUAUGAAUUCAUAAGCUCUGGACUGUACUUGGUUGUAUUACUCCACCUGUGUGAACAGCGUUUCUCUGACAUGUUGGGAGCAACUAAUGAAGCAAACACUCGGGUCAGAUUCAUAAACCUUGCUAGGACACUCCAAGCACACAUGGAAGACCUUGAAACUUCAGAAGAUGAUUCAGAGGACGAAAGGGUUUGAGAACACUUGUGGGACACGAUGCGACUCCUGCAGGCUUACAGCUGAUCCAUCUGCAGACGUGCUGCAUUUAUUAAAAAUUUUCUGCUUGUCAUGCCUAUUAAAUCACUCACAGUAUCUCGCCCUCUAUUCACUUGUUGCACUUGCUGAUGAGCAAUCUUCUAAUACAGAAUCUGUGAAAAAGAACUAGACUGGCAUUUAACCUGUGCUACAUGCCUUUCUUUCUUUCUUUCUUUCUUUCUUUCUUUCUUUCUUUCUUUCUUUCUUUCUUUCUUUCUUUCUUUCUUUCUUUCUUUCUUUC